CGAGGAUCAGUUCCCGAUGUCACACACAUGCAUUCAUGCAGAAAAAAGGGAAAUGCAGUGAACAGAUAGAGGAGGGCAUGCAGUGAUCGGAGGCGUCAUGUGCUCUGUCAACAUACAUGAUUUAGGAGAGCAGUGUGUGACCAGAGAUCAGGAGAUGUUGGAUGCUGUGGCCAGUGUGACGUUACGGACGAGAGUUUGCUGAAUAACAGGAGCUCAGUGUUGAGAAGGUCAGCGGUCUACACCGUCUCACCAAUGCCUCCUCCGCCAGUUCUUCCGAAACCAAAAUUCCAGUGUCCAGUGAAGGUUUCAGCUGGAAACAUCAUGGACGAGGAGGAGACGAUGACAAACAUAACCCGAGGAAGAACCACAGUGAUCUCAAAAUACCACAGAAACAUUGACAGGAGUGGCACCAAAGUUUCAUCAGACGGUUCUACACCGAAGCACCUCGUCGAAGCCCCCGUCUGCACUCAGUCAUCCUCGCAGGACUCCGGCUGGCACGUCUGGUCCGGCUGGUGGUCAGAAGAGGUCAAAGGUCACACUGAGUUUGGAGAGCAAGUGACGGAUGCUGAACAUCUCCCGGCUCCCUCAGAAGGCAGCAGCAGCAGCAGGAGUGAAAGAGCUCUACAGGACCACGAGGACGAGACUCAGGAGAACGUCCUAAAUGAAGAGACGCAGAACAUGGAGAAAGAUGAAGACAAACAAGAGCAGAUCAAAGAGCUCAAGCUCUAUAAGAUAGCCAAUGAGCUCCUGCAGACGGAGAGAGCGUACGUGACCCGGCUGCAUUUGCUCGACCAGGUGUUCUGCGCUAAACUCACAGAGGAGGCCGGGAAGGGGACAUUUCCUGUCGAGGUGGUGAAGGGCAUCUUCUCCAAUGUGGGAUCCAUCUACACCUUCCACAGCCAGUUCCUCCUGCCGGAUCUGGAGACGCGGAUGAGCCAGUGGGACUCCACGCCCCGCAUCGGGGACAUCUUAGCACAGCUCGCACCCUUUCUCAGGAUGUACGCCGAGUACGUGAAGAACUUCGACAGCGCCAUGGACGUGCUCAAACAGUGGACGGAGCGAUCGGCGCAGUUUAACACCAUCAUUCAGGACAUACAGAGUCAGGACGUGUGUGGGAAUCUGACUCUGCAGCAUCACAUGCUGGAGCCGGUGCAGCGGGUUCCUCGCUACGAGAUGCUGCUCAAAGACUAUCUGAAGAAACUCCCGGAGGACGACCCCGACCGCAGCCAGGCCGAGAAGUCUCUGAACAUCAUCUCAAUGGCUGCCACACACUCCAACAUGGCCAUCCGCAAGAUGGAGAACCUGAAGAAGCUCAUGGAGAUCUAUGAGAUGCUGGGAGGUGAGGAGGACAUCGUUAACCCGUCCAACGAGCUCAUUAAAGAGGGACAAAUCCUAAAGCUGGCCGCCAGAAACACCUCGUCCAUGGAGAGAUACCUUUUCCUGUUUAACAACAUGUUGCUGUACUGCGUGCCGAAGUUCAGUCUGGUGGGCCAGCGGUUCACUGUGCGCACGCGGGUCGGCGUUGAGGGCAUGAAGGUGCUUGAGACCUCCAAUGAAGACUAUCCUCACACUUUCCAGGUGUCGGGCAAGGAGCGAACGCUGGAGCUGCAGGCCAGCUCAGAGCAAGACAAAGAGGACUGGAUCAAGGCGUUCCAGGAGACCAUUGAAAUCUUUCAGCAGAAGAACGAAACAUUCAAAUCAGCCUCUAAAGAAGUGGCGGAUGAGGUUUCUAAAGAGGAGUUGGGGAAGAGAGCCCCGCGCUGGAUUCGGGACAAUGAAGUGACCAUGUGCAUGAAAUGCAAAGAGCCCUUCAACCCUCUGACCCGCAGGAGACACCACUGCAGGGCAUGUGGAUAUGUUGUGUGUUAUAAAUGUUCGGACUACAAGGCAUCGCUGCGGUACGACGGCAACAAGUUAAACAAGGUGUGUAAAGACUGUUACUUCAUUCUGACCGGAAGAGCAGAUGCUGAGGAACCAGUCAGCGGGAAGAAAAGAGGAAUUCUUGAGAUUGAAGCAGCUCAGGUCUCAGGAAACAGUUUCCUUUGUGGCUUCCUGCAGUACAGUACAGACCGAACUAAACCAUGUCAGAGGGUCUGGUGUGUGAUUCCGCAGCAUGACGCGCUUGUUCUUUACCUGUAUGGCGCUCCACAGGAUGUCAAAGCCCAGUGUACCAUCCCGCUCCUGGGUUACCAGGUUGAGGACAUCCAACGGUCUGUGGAUCAUCCUCCCACCAGCUUCCGUCUGUGCCAGUCCAAAUCUGUCCACUGCUUCACUGCUGACACGGAGGAAGUGAAACUGCGCUGGCUGAAAGUGAUACGCAAGGCCGUGAUCGGGGAGAUGCCAGAAUGCCAGACGCCAGUCGAUGAUGACCUUGCCAACGGUUGCCAUGAAGGCGUGCCUGAUGGUACCUGAAAAAGACAGGGCAGUUUUCCAGCUUUUGCACUGUUACGCGUGUAACUCAGUGGAAUAGAAUGUGCUGAUUAGAAUGUGAAACCUUACAGAACAGAUUGGAUUUGUUUGGGAGUGUAUAAAUAGAUUUUUCAUACCAUUCUAUAUGCAGAUUAACAUCAGAUAUUUUAAUGUAUUAUAAUGUUGACCUCAAUCAGACUGGUAAAAACAUUCAGUGCGUGAUUGUUUAAAUCAUUAUAUUGUCUUAGUUUACAAAGUUUGUUUGCAGACCAAUCUCAGCAAAGUCCGAAUUAUGCUUUGUGAUUUAUUAGCCUUUCUCUUUGUGAUAUCAUGUUUUAUGUAUAUUUUAAAUUUGUAAUGUUAAUAUGCUGUUUGUCAUUGUCACUGUCCCUAAGAUUUAUGCACUUUAUUGCUUUUUGUAAACCAGGACAUUGACAUUAAAAUUAAUUAAUAAAGGUUAAGCUCCAUCGCCCUA